UUCAAAACAGAGAGAAAAUAUUAAGAAAGAGAUAUAUGGGGCUGAAAGUAAGGCUAUGCUUGUGCCUUUUGCUUGCCUUUGCCGUGUUAUCUUCUGCACGUAACAUCAUUUCACCUUCAGGGAAUAAUAAUAUUGAUGAAAUGGUGGGUGGUGGAAGGUCUUUGAUGGCCGUGAGUGUUAAUGAUUACGGCGAACCAUCAGCCAACCGUGGCCAUGAUCCGAGGAGCAAAGGAGGAGGCGGCGGCGGUGGCCGGAAAGGCUGAGAUCCAUGCAAGCUUUGUCAUGUUUACCUUUAUAUAUUAACAUAUAUCUGUGCAAAAAUAAUAUGCAUGUAUGUAUAUGCUCUCGUUUUGCUUAGUGCGGGAGCUUUAUACAUAUAUCUU